GUGGAUUUCCAUCGAGCUAAGAUGGUUUGUUCCUACUGGUAUUCUGGUUCAAAACAAACAGUUCACCGGAAAAGCGGAACUCCAUGGCUAAUGCUUUUUCCAGACGAGGACGGUGGUUGCUUGCUUUGCAAUCCAUACAAAAAAGUGGUUUACAAGACAAAGAGAGACUGUUCAGGGAGUCGAUUCCUGGCAAGCUGCAGUAAAUGGUUGUUGAUGCUAGAUUCUCGAUCCAGAUUAUAUAUUAUAGAUGUGUUUAGUGGGAAUAGGAUUGAUCUUCCUCCAUUAGAGUCGCUUUUAUCGAACUACUCUGCUCUGAAGCGUAUGAAAGAUAGAGAUAGACGAGGCUCUUAUUACUCAUUAUAUGCGGAUGAAAUCAAGGGACGUCUAUAUAUGGCAACUCUUGAAGAUUCUUUCUACGCAGACCUUGACGAGUUAUCAGACAAUGAAGCAGAACUGUAUGCUAGAACAGAGGAGGAAGACAAUAUUGACAUGGACAUGGAAGACUCAGAAACCCUAAACUAUGAUGAUCUCUCGAGAGUUUCGAAGCUACAAGAAACUCAUAGAUACGCUGAUAUAAUGCAGAGAGUGGAAGAGGCUCUCGGGAAGGAUUCGGAUGGAGGAGCAGAGAUGGGAACUGUAUUGGAAGACAAGCUUAUCGUUGAUUGCAAUCAGCUCUCAGCUGAUAUCGAGAAUGAGAUUGUGAUCUUCCACAACUUUAUCCGCGACAAGUACAGACUUAAGUUCCCAGAGCUUGAGUCGCUGGUACAUGACCCAAUAGAUUACGCCCGUGUCGUGAAAAAAAUUGCCAAUGAGACAGACAUAACUCUUGUUGAUAUGGAAGGCCUUCUUCAACCAGCUACUGUUAUUGCUGUUUCAGUUACUGCUUUAACCACAAAAGGGAAACCACUUCCAGAUAGUAUCCUACGAAAGACCCAAGCUUGUAAUGUUCUAGUUCUUGGCCACAACAGGAAGAACCGUGUCGGAUUCUCUACUGCACUGUCACUGUCUCGUGCGGGUUAUUUGGAGCAGACAGAGAUUUUCCAAAGCACGCCUCCUGAACUUCGAAUGCGCGCUAGCAGGCUCUUGGCUUCAAAAUCGACUUUGGCAGCAAGAGUUGACGCUACUAGAGGAGAUCCAUCUGGAACUAACGGGAAAGCUUUGAGGGAGGAAAUCCGCAAGAAUAUUGACAAGUGGCAAGAACCUCCUCCUGCAAGGCAACCUAAGCCACUUCAUGUUCCUUAUUCUGUGCCUAAAAAGAGAAGGGGUGGUCGCCGUCUAAGAAAAAUGAAAGAAAGGUAUCAAGUGACAGACAUGAGAAAAUUGGCCAACAGGAUGGCGUUUGGUACACCCGAAGAGAGCUCUCUUGGUGAUGGAUUAGGUAUCGGAUAUGGAAUGCUUGGUCAGGCUGGGAGCAAUAGGCUGCGUGUUUCCGGCAAGCUGAAACUUAAUGCUAAGGUCGCCAAAAAGCGACAGUUCACAGGUGGUUAUACUACCUCUGGUUUGACGACAUCAAGUCUGGCUUUCACUCUUGUGCAAGGAAUAGAGAGUUGCAAUCCUCAAGCAUUAGGAUUAGUCAGUGGGAUUCAAAGCACUUACUUCUCAGAGACAGGAACUUUCUCCAAACUCAAGAAGAAUUAAAGUUCCUACACAGAAAGAGACAACUAGAAUAGGACAUCUCCAAUGAACCUCUAUUUCUUACAAAUGAAUACUAGAUUUUAAU